AUGAAAAGCACUCAAAUGCUUGUCGCAAAAAGUUUAUCGGAAUUCAAUGUGAUGAGAAAACAGUUAUUGGGUUCGGGAGGUAACAAGUUGAUUGGAUUUGUACCAACCAUGGGAAAUUUACAUGAUGGGCACUUGGAGUUGAUGAAGACUGCCAAACGUCAUUCCGAUAUUGUUGUGACAUCCAUUUUUGUAAAUCCAGCACAAUUUGCUGCUCAUGAAGAUUUUGACAAGUAUCCCCGAACUCUUGAAAAUGAUUUAAAUAAGAUGAAAGAAAUUGGUGUUGACUUGGUUCUUGCUCCACAAAAUAUUACUGAAAUUUAUCCAAAAGAAUACAUGACACGAGUGUUUAUGAGUAAGAUUUCAACACAAACUGCAGCAGAAACACAUCCCUUAAGAAAUACUCAGGGUGGUGGUACUAGUUUGAAUCAAGAAUCGAAAAUAUUUGUCAAUUGGUUGGAAGAUCAACCAGAAGCACAAUGUCGUCCUGGAUUUUUUGAUGGUGUCUCGACUAUUCUUGUUAAAUUGUUUAAUAUUGUGAGACCACAAGUGGUUGUGUUUGGUCAAAAAGAUGCUGUUCAAUGUAUGGUAGUGAAACAACUUGUGAGAGAUUUAAAUUAUGUGGAUAUUGAGAAGGUAAUUAUUGGUGAAACAUGUCGUGAAAAGGAUGGCUUGGCAAUGUCCUCAAGAAAUCAAUAUUUAUCCUCCAUAGAUCGUACAUUUAUUGCUCCAAUUUUAAAUCAAACACUUCGAAGAGCAGAAGAAGAAUUAUCAAAAUUAACAAAUUCUGUGAGUCCUCUCACCAACCAAAUACUUCAAAAAUGGUUAGAAGAUUCAUAUGAAUAUUUAGAGCAAUUAUUUAACAAGAAUUUGAAAGAACAUUAUUCUGGUCAAGAUCUUUCAUCAAUGGCCUCGUCAAAGUAUUGCAUUGAUUAUUUGAGCAUUUGUGAUUGGGAGAAUGGUCACGUUUACGGUACAAUCUCAACCAAUAAGGAAUACAGCGUUCCAAACUUCAAGAUUGAAAGUGCCGAUCAAAACAGAGAGUUAUGUCUUUCAGGAACGAUUAGAGUGGGAGGCACACGAUUGCUUGACAACCUUAUCAUUAAAAGAAUUGCAAUACAGAAUUAA